GAAUUGUUGCAUACUUAUAAUUAAAUUACUCUAUUAUUUGAUCCUACAGAUACGAGUGAUUAUACAUAAAUUUGUUAGUUAAUCAAUCAAGAUUGUGUUUCUCGUGAGAAUUUGAAUUGGAUACAUGUCCGUUAAUCAAUCAAGAGGCGACAAAAACGAGCCACCACACUACAGAAGUUCCGGUAGAUCCGCUAACUUUUCAGGUGGCGGUGGUGGUCGUGGUGGUCGUGGCGGUGGUACCACUGGUCCUUCAUCCUCUGCGUAUUAUUCCGGCAAAAGCUUUAAGAAAGUGGUUAGUUAUGCACAAGGAGGAUAUUCGAAUGCGAAUUUGGGACCUUCAAGUUCUUCUUCUAGUGGUGGUAGAGCUCCACUGAAUGGUGCACAUGUUCAACCGCCAUUAAGAGGGACACCUGAUGCUUCAUCUACUGGUGGUGUUGUGAAGCCGGCUGAUGCAUCGGUCCAGAAAACCACACCGGGCCUGCCCAAGGCUCCACUCGGUUCUGGUUCUUCUACGCCUGUUAAGGGUCCCGCAGAUGCUUCCAAGGUUUUUCCUCUUCAGUUUGGGUCAAUAAGUCCUGGUGUUAUCAACGGAAUGCAGGCUCAUAUUGAUUCCUUAAAGGCUGCAUCUUCCCAAAAUUCAGAUGUUCCAAAACAACACUUACCAAGGAAAGAUCCGGGGCCUGUUGAACAGCCAGGUGAGGCCCGUCCAGUCUCAAAAGAGAAAAAAGACGCGCUUUCUUCACCUUCUGGGCCUUUUGCAGCUCAUGCUCAGAAAGUAUUCCAGGGACUUCCUAAAAAGUAUUCCAGAGACUUCCUACUGACAUUCUCUGAUCACUGUACCGAUCUUCCAAAAGGUUUUAAGAUUACACAUGAUAUAACUGCAGUGUUGGUAGUAACGGGUGUCGAUAUUGCUCAUGAACCAUACCCUAGCCCGGGUAGAGGUGGUGGUGAUAGGUCAGUAGUGGGGUCACGGCUAAACCGUCAACCAAGUAACGUUGGUCUUGAUGACAAAUGGAAUAGAGGGUCAGGAGGACCCAUGGGUCCAGGAUGGGACUCAAGACUUGAGAUGGGCUACCCUUCAAGAGGGAACCAUGGUGUGAUGAGGACCCCACGCGGUCAGCCACCAGUCCCACAGUUGCAACGUAAUAACUCUGUGUCAAAGAGGUGGCAACGGGCUACUGGUCAUCAAAAGGGGUUAAUGUCGUCGCCUCACACUCCGAUGAUGCAUAAAGCCGAAAGGAAGUAUGAAGUUGGUAAAGUAACAGAUGAGGAACAGGCGAAACAAAGACGAUUGAAAAGUAUUCUAAACAAGUUGACACCACAAAACUUUGAGAAACUGUUUGAUCAAGUCAAACAAGUCAAUAUUGACAAUGUGAAUACUCUGUCUGGUGUGAUUGGUCAAAUAUUUGAUAAGGCUUUAAUGGAACCGACGUUUGUUGAAAUGUAUGCCAACUUUUGUUCUCAUUUAGCCGUAGAGUUGCCUGGUUUGGUUGACGACAACGAGAAGAUUACUUUCAAGAGGUUAUUAUUGAAUAAAUGUCAGGAGGAAUUUGAAAGAGGAGAGAGAGAAGAAGAAGAAGCGAAUAGAACUGAUGUAGAAGGUGAGAUUAAGCAGACGGAAGAAGAACGAGAAGAAAAACGAGUAAAGGCACGUAGACGUAUGUUGGGUAAUAUAAGAUUUAUCGGUGAAUUAUACAAGAAAAGAAUGCUAACAGAAAGAAUCAUGCAUGAAUGCAUAAUGAAAUUGUUGAGUUUUAAUCAGAAGAAUGCUAACCCUGACGAGGAAGAUAUAGAGGCGUUGUGCAAGUUAAUGAGUACAAUCGGGGAGAUGAUUGAUCACCCAAAAGCUAAAGCACACAUGGAUGCUUAUUUUGAUAUGAUGUUUCAGCUAUCAAAUAAUAUGGCACUUUCUUCUCGAGUUAGGUUCAUGUUGAAAGACGCAAUUGACCUUAGAAAGAACAAAUGGCAACACAGAAGGAAGGUUGAAGGUCCAAAAAAGAUCGAAGAGGUGCACCGGGAUGCUGCUCAAGAACGCCAGGCCCAAUCCAGCAGACUGGCCCGUGGGCCUAAUUCUAACCCGUCACUUAGGAGAGGGGGUCAACCCAUGGACUUUGGACCAAGAGGGUCAGCAGGUGUUUUAUCUCCCAACCCUCAAAUGGGUGGUGGUUUUCGUGGUUAUGGCAGUCAAGAUUCAAGAUUUGACUCUUUUGAGAAUAGGACUUUACCGGUUCCGUUGAGACCCAUGGGCGAUGAGGAGGCUAUAACCCUCGGGCCACAUGGUGGUCUAGCCAGAGGGAUGUCUGUUAGGGGUCAACCUACUAAUGGUUAUGGUCCAUCACGUGAUGAUCUAGCUUCAAGAUACACGCCUGAAAGGUUCUCACCUCGACCAACUUAUGACCGACCCAAUAUACAACAACACAACAACAUGAACCAUGGGAACCAAGACACCAGGAGUAUAGAGCGUGGUGGGUUUGACCGAGUUUUACCACCUGAACGGGCUCGUGUGUCUACUUCCCCACAAAGUGAUUCUUCAGAUAAAAUCUUGUCUGAAGAUCGCUUGCAUGAUAUGUCCAUUGAGGCCAUUAAAGAAUUUUACAGUGCUAGAGAUGAAAAGGAGGUUGCUUUGUGCAUCAAAGAUCUGAAUGCACCCGGGUUUCAUCCAACAAUGAUAUCCAUUUGGGUGACUGAUUCUUUUGAGAGGAAAGAUAUGGACCGUGAUUUACUUGCUAAACUUCUCGUCAAUCUUACAAAAUCUCAAGAAGGAAUCCUUACUCGAGAGUCCCUUGUUAGAGGGUUGGAGUUGGUUUUGUCAACAUUGGAGGAUGCAGUGAACGAUGCACCAAAAGCAGCAGAAUUUCUUGGGCGUAUGCUUGCAAGAUUACUUUUAGAAAAUGCGAUCCCUUAUAAAGAAGUGUGGCGUUUGAUAUACGCGGGUGGUGAAGAGCAAGGACGGCUGGUGGAAAUGGGUCUUGCAGCCGAGGUUGUUGGAGUCGUUCUUGAGAUAAUUAAAUCAGAAAAAGGCGAUCCCUUUCUAAACGAAAUGCGUGCAGCUUCUAACCUUCGCGUAGAGGUUUUCCGUUCACCAAAAACAUCAAGAUUAGAUAAGUUUAUUUAGAUCGUAAAGUAAAGAUGCUCGUGUUAAUCUUUAGGAGGAUAGAUUGGGUUUGAAUAGUACAGCUGUUGGUACAUAUCAUCAUUGUUCUAAAUUUAUCAACUGGAAAGAAGAUUUAACUGCAUAAUCCUUAUACUUGCUGGUGUCAUUAAUCCAUC